UUUUUCCCGGAAAAUUUUUUUUUUCUAGAUAAUUUUACUUCUUGAUCAUGCAAACAUCGAAUCUUACAAAAUUUACCCACUUGGGUUUUUUCAGUCUGGUUUUUGUAACCUGAAUGUGGUUGUUUUGUUUGGUUAAUUGAGGAUAAACAACAUCAUUGAAUAUAGUAGAACAGAGCCGUUAAAGGCUUUUCUGUUUGAUUCUCCCGAAAAAAUAGUUAGCUUCCCCGGAAAAAAAAAAAAAAAAAAAAAAAGUUUUCUAAUUUUUUUUGUACCCUUAAAUCUUAAUCCUUUGUCUAUUUUGUUGAUGAGGCUGUAAUGGCUUCGCAUUGUGUGCUUUUUAAGUUUUUCUUUGUUUGCAUGAGUUAUUUGGACUGGACAUAUAGCCAUUACUCUUAAAACAAGCUUGUAGAGAAGGAGAAGAGAUGUGUAGCAAGGAAGAAGCUUGUGUACAAUGCAUACAAAAUUGCUUGAAGUUUCAUGGGAAGAAGGAAGAAUCAUCACCGGCUGUUACCUCUUUUUUCAAAAUCCUGAUCGGUCCGAAGUUUUCUGAAGUUUUGUUCUUGCCUCCUAAGUUUGCACGGUCUAUGCCAGAAUUGAUUAAUCAAAAUGCUAUUCUUGAGGAUUCAAGUGGGAGUCAAUGGGAAGUAACAAUAUCCAAUGUUGAUGGCUUCUUGGCUUUUCAACAGGGAUGGAAUGAUUUCUCACUAGCCCAUAAUCUUGAAGUUGGAUAUUUUCUUGUAUUUCAGUACCUAAUGAAAUCACAUCUUUUUGUUAAGAUCUUCGAUACAUCUGGGUGUGAAAAACUAGAUUUUUCUGAGAGAAGCAAUCAAAGGAAGAGGAAGAGGGAUGAUGGAGAUACUGUCAAAGAAAAUCCACGCCACACAAAUGAUAGAAGUAAAAUGAACAAACAGGAUUCAAGCUCCUCACCCAAGUCUGGUUCAAAUGCUAAAAUAAGUGAAGGCCUGAACGAGGUGAAUAAUGCAGAAGAAGCACCAAGUGUCUCACCAAAUCUUUCUAAUGGUAGCAAUAUGAGUGGAAGGCGCAAAGUUGAGUCGGAACCUGAAAACAUUGACGAUACCUUCCAAAUGGUCUAUCGAGAUUUGGGAACCCAACAAGGAGAGGACAGAUGCCCUGUCAUUGAUUUGUCUGAUUUUGAAAUGUGGAACGAUAAAUCUGGUGGAGUUGCUCCUCAGCAUGUUGAUCAAUCAAUGAGAUCUCAAAAUGAGGUAUCAAUGACUGAUAAUAAUCCUGCAGCUAAAGAUGCAGCAUGUUUGUCUGUGCCUUUAGAUGCAUCAAACUCUGAAAAGGUAGAGAACUGUUCUAAUGACAUGGACAGAAAGGUUAUUUCUGAUAAUGAUACUUGCAUUGAUGAGGCCUCCGGGCAUUGCUCACCAGUAUCUUCUGUAAAGCCCCAAGAAAACGUCAAGAGCCUUAGAAAAUUUACCAAAUGCCAGCUUGCUGAGGGAUCAGAUUCGGAACCACUAUCCGGUAAGAAUCGGGGUUCAUUAUCCCAAAAGGUAGAGAGUUCGAUCAAUGACAGUUGUCAGAGUGCCAAGUCGAAGUUUACUAAGACUCCUUCCUCUUCUGUUGGAACCCAAAAUUAUCUAUCUGUUAAGAAAGAGCUGAUAGAGAAUACAUCAGAUGCAUGUGAAACACACGGUGAAUCGUCAAAGGUCAAAGAUGAGCAUCAAGCGAGUUCUGAUAAGAUUGUAGAAGAGAAUAAUGAUGUGGACUCUGACUUGGAGAUAAAAACUGAAACUGAUGAUUCAGUUGGAAUUCCUCCAGAUUCAUCUGAUGUCCCCUCUGUGGUGGCCACAGCAGGCAGUGAACCUUUCUUGGAGUUGCCAGCAUGCUUGCCCUAUACCUCUAUCAUGGGGAGGUCGAAAAUGGAUAGAACGGUGGUGGUCCUUAGAGAUCCAGAGAGGAGAUUGUGGUCAGUCAUGUACCAUGAGACUUCUAGCUACUGUGUAUUAACGUCUGGUUGGGAAGCAUUCACCAAGGCAAAUAGCGUUCAACCCAAAGAUGAGUGUGUUUUUGUCGUUGAAAAUGACUCCAAGGGCAUAUAUAAGGUCCGCAUAGUUCGAAAGUAAGAGAGAAGAUCUGUUAUGGCAUUUUCAUAUUCCAUUUGUACACGAAAUGGUUCAAACCUGCACUUGUCUGAGGCAUAAACUGUGUCACAGGGAUUUAGAAAGUUUUGUAGCUGCUCAGGUUUUUGUAUAAAUGUCCUUUGUGUUGUUAAAGGAGCAUUUUUUUGGACAUAUCUUGAUGUAAUUAUAAUGUUCUAGUCGUACAGAAGAAGUAAAAACAUUGGUAAAGUUUUUGGUGUUUUGGUUU